AUGGGGACAGAAACGGAUGGAGGAGGAGAGAUUUCUGGUCCGAACAAGAAGGCAUCGCAUUCCUGUUCACGAUGCAGACGGUUAAAGAAGAAAUGCUCCAAGGAUUUGUCGACGUGUACGAACUGUGCGAAGGCAAAUGAGCCUUGUGAUUAUCCUGGAAGGGCACCUCGUCGUAAGAGGAAAGAGAUAGAAGAAGCGAUGUUACUCGGAGAGUUGUCGAAUGAUAGAACGAAACGGGUUAAAAGUGGACAGCAGCCCAAUAAGAGCAAUACGAAGCCGGAGAUUGUUGCUACGGAUGUGAGCCAGCGUGGCGGGAACGAUAUUAUAGAGCCAGGGUUGAGAACUCCGCAACAGUCGUUAGUUUCAGCGAGUUCCGUGGCCUCGUUCUUGAAUCUCUUGAAUACGUUAAAUCACACCAACGGAUCAACGGUGAAUGAGUCAAAUAUGCGAGAGGAAAAUAGCAAUAUGCCACGUCCGGUGCAGCGAGUCCGUUCUCAGCACGGUGUCAUGCCCGACAAGGUGAGUGACAGCUCCAAGGAUGAGAGCAGAGCGGGCGAAGGUACCACUGCUGGUACAGGUAAUGGAAUCAAACAAGAACGCAGUGAUGCGGUCGCAUCGCAUGCUGGACUCACAGAGCAUGAGAGGCACCGGUCUGAAUCUACCCCCAUUACCGCGUCUGCUAUUCAGAUUGAAGCUGUUUUGUCCGUGUUUAAAGGUGGGAGAACAACGCCAAUGAAGAUGCCGUUGAACAUCGAAAGACCUCUUUACGACCGUUUUAUCGCUGCGUUCUUUAAACAUAACCAUAAAUCGUACCCGUUGAUGAACAAGAUAGAGUUUUUGAAUAAAGUGUCAACGAUAAGAGAUUUCAACAAGUUACCUGAAGAAGAGAGCAACGCCUUUGUGUUCCAGUUGCACAUGAUCAUGGCUAUUGGAUGUACCACUUUACAAAGAGCAGGAAUGUUAACAUCGGAGGAAGAAGGGUUGAGUGAACAUUUUGCAUACUUGGCCAUGAAAAACUUCUGUCCCGUGAUGCAUUUACAGAACCUUGAGACAAUCAAGUGCUUAUUACUAUUGGGUAUAUAUUCAUUCUUCGAACCGAAGGGUGUUUCCUCUUGGACCAUCAGUGGAUUGAUAAUGAGACUAUGCAUUGGAUUUGGUUUGAACCGUGCAUUAACACCUAAGAAAUUGAAAACGAUGUCAGUUAUUGAUGUAGAGAUGAGAUACAGAGCUUUUUGGGCAUUCUAUUCGUUCGAACGUCUAGUUGCGACAUCCUUGGGUAGAAUAUCCUGCCUAUCCGACGAUGAUAUUAGCGUUCCACCACCAAGAGCUUUAUUUGAAGAAGAGAAGGACGAUAUAGAAGUCACCAACAUGAUGAUAAGUUUAAGAAGAAUCGGAGGGCGCAUUUACAGGAAAGUGCAUAGCGUCGGAGCUGCAAGAAGAAAGCUUAAUGCAGAAGAAAAGAAAAAUGUGAUAGAUAAGUUACGCCAGGAAUUGGAUGAGUUGUACAAAUUAGAGACUUUUAAGAUUCACAGCGCCAAACAAGAAACAAACAAUAUAACGUUCCACCAUUCAGAUACAUGGCUCUCCAUGAGGUAUUACCAACUACAGAUCAUGAUUUAUAGACCAAGUGCUUUGAUACCAAAACCCGCGAUGGAUUCUCUAACUAUUCUGGGGGAUGCAUGUCUCAAAUCCUUGAAAUACACCUAUAACUUAUACCAGAAAAAGUUAUUACCGUUAAAUUGGAUCACUUUGUUCCGUGUACUCACUAUAUGCAACACUAUGCUCUAUUGCUUAUGCCAAUGGUCCAUCGAUAUCAUUGAAUCCAAGAUCGAAAUACACCAAUGUAUUGAAGUGCUUCGACACUUUGGUGCCAAAUGGGUAUUUGCAGCCAAAUGCGCUGAAAUUUUUUCAAGCAUCAUCAAUACGAUCUUGGAUAUCAGUUUGUCCAACGGUAGAGUACCCAACAUGGAUAAAUUGACCAGAGAACUAUUUGGCGCCAGUAACGAAUACCAAGAGAUCUUGGAUGAGAAUAAUGUCGAUAUUUCUUGGGUGGAUAGUAUCGUCUGA